UGCUUUUUGCAGUCACGUUCAUUCACCUUGUGACAUUAAGAUAAGUCAGUUCUUUCUUUCUUUCAAGUCUCAGGCCAUUGCAAUAAUAUGUCUGGAAAUCAAGAACGUACCUACUUGAUGAUCAAGCCUGAUGGUGUUCAACGAGGACUCGUUGGUGAAAUCAUCAAAAGAUUCGAACAGAAAGGUUUCAAAUUGGUCGCACUCAAGUUUCUGCAGCCUACUGAGGAGCUAUUGCAGAAACACUAUGCUGACUUGUCUGGCCGCCCUUUCUUUGCUGGUUUGGUGAAGUAUAUGGCAUCUGGACCAGUUGUUGCAAUGGUCUGGGAGGGAUUGAACAUUGUUAAGACUGGCCGUCAAAUGUUGGGAGAGACCAACCCUGCUGACUCCAAGCCUGGUACCAUCAGAGGAGAUUUCUGUGUUCAAGUUGGCAGGAACAUCAUGCAUGGAUCUGACUCUGUUGAGAGUGCAAACAAGGAAAUUGCCUUGUGGUUCAAGGAUGAAGAACUUGUUUCAUGGCAGCCAGCUGCUAAAGUUUGGGUUUAUGAAGACUAGAUCCAUUUAGAAAUUUCUGUUGCCUUAAAACAUAUCAGAUUUUAUGGUUUGAAAGAUAAGAAAAUAUAAAUCUGAAAUAGAA